UCGUUUUGCACACCGCUCAGUCCCGCAGUUUUCCUUUCUACUUUGCAAUUCUAACAUUUCCUAAAGGCACACUUAAGAGGAGGUAAACAAGGUUGUUGACAGGCAUGGCGGCUGGGUUUUAACGUGCUUGUGCGCAACUUUUGAAGUGCGGAAACAUUUCUGACUUCUGUCCCAGCGCAGGCAGGUCCAAAAUAAUCACCUGCGUGGGCGCUCACCUUUGGAAUUGCACAAUGCAACGACUGCAGGUUUUGAAGCAAACUUUCUGUGGCUUGGAUGUCUUCCAGCAGCAGCUCCUAAUAGGCUCAGCCGUGGCAGCAGGGGGGAUACUGGCAUACGUGGUGUACAAAAGAAGACAAGUCAAAAGCAUUCCUCUUGGUGAAGGAUGGUGGGGAGCAGGGAAGAAGCCCCUGACAACGGAUGAUAAGAUCCAUCCCUUCAAAGUGCAAACCUCAGAUAUGGAGAUCAAGGAUCUUCAUGAGCGCAUUGACAAAACCCGCUUCACUGACCCCUUAGAAGAUAGCUGCUUCCACUAUGGCUUCAGUUCCACCUAUCUUAGGAAAGUGGUUUCCUAUUGGAGACACGAGUUUGACUGGAAAAAGCAGGUGGCAGUGCUUAACAAGUAUCCACACUACAAAACUAAAAUAGAAGGACUGGAUGUGCACUUCAUCCACGUGCGACCACCGUACCGCGAGAAUCAGAAGGUUCUGCCUCUCAUGCUCGUUCACGGCUGGCCUGGCUCCUUCUAUGAGUUCUACAAGAUCAUGCCACUUCUCACAGAGAACCAGAGUGGCAUCGCGUUUGAGGUCAUAUGCCCGUCCAUCCCUGGCUACGGUUUCUCAGACGCCCCUCGCAAAAAAGGAUUUGACAGUCUCGCUGCUGCCCGAGUUUUCCUGACACUCAUGGAACGUUUGGGAUUCUCCCAGUUCUAUCUGCAGGGAGGGGACUGGGGCUCUCUAAUCACCACCAACAUGGCACAGAUGAAGCCUCAGUGUGUGAAAGGUCUCCACUUAAACAUGUUUAUGUCAACAAGGGGGUUCAAAAUUUUGUUGUCCCUCAUGAUUGGUCCUUAUCUGCCCUUCCUGGUGGGCUUAACUCGGGAAGAUGUUCGCCGGUUGUUCCCUUACUUUGAAAAGAAUGUCUGGGACAUCCUGAGGGAAACAGGCUACUUACACAUCCAGGCCACUAAACCAGACACUGCAGGCUGUGGAGUGAAUGACUCCCCUGUAGGCUUGGCCGCCUACAUCAUGGAGAAGUUCUCCACCUGGACUGAUCUAAAGAACAGAGAUCUGGUGGAUGGUGGCCUGGACAGGAAGUUCAGCCUGGAUGAGCUCUUGACAAAUGUCAUGAUCUACUGGACCACAGGCUCUAUCGUCUCCUCCAUGCGCUUCUACAAAGAGAACUUCAAGAGCAACCCUGACAAAAGAGUGGAUGCAAAGACAGGAAUAUUUGUGCCCACUGGACUUGCAGCGUUCCCUGGGGAGCUGAUGCACUGCCCUAAGUCAUGGGCAUCAAUUAGGUAUCGAAACAUCUACUCCUACACUUUCAUGCCUCGAGGUGGUCACUUUGCUGCCUUUGAGGAGCCCCAGCUGCUAGCUGAAGAUAUUUUCCAGUUUGUCAAAAAAGUGGAGUUCAGUCUCAGACAAAUGUAAUUAUGGUACAUCUGUUCUUUAUUAUUGCAGCUGUGUUUUUGUGAUUGGUCAUUCCAAAUAGGACACAAAUCCUUGCUACUAAGAUCAUGUUCAUCAUCAUUUCAUCGAUGGAUUGCCUCCAAAAUUGCAGCAUUUUAAUACAUGUAAACAUAAACACAGAUGAUACUGGCACUCCAAUGUAUCCAAAGAUUGGAUUAGAGAAAGCACUAUAAUGCAGUAAACCUUUUCAGUUAUGCCUAUUAAAAACAUAUUGCACCAAUA